AAACGACGUCGUUAGCUAUCGGAGAUAUGAUGAUGAGUCUGUCUGUCUGUCCUAUUGAAAUCUAUCGAUCCAUCGAUUUCUUGGAGCGUGAUCUCGAUUUCUAUCUCCGGUGAGAUUGUUCGACGACGAAGAUGAUGAAGAUUCAAAUUGGUGUGCUGGCGUGUUUGAUAGCUCUCUCUGUGAUUGAAUUCGGAUUGGCUUCUGCUAAUACCGUUCCUGCUUUCCUCUGGUCUCCACAUCUCCAGCGUGCUAAUGGUGAAAUGGAUGAGGCUGUGAAUUAUCAGGUGAUGUCUGCGAAGGAUCUUGUAGGCUCUGUUUUCACACAAGGAGGAUGGUCAAACUUUCUGUGCUCGGAGAAGAAAGUUGAGCAAGCUGUUGACGUUGCACUUGUGUUCAUCGGCAGAGAGCUACGGUCUUCUGAUGUUUCUUCGAAAAAGAAUUCGGACCCUGCCCUUGUUAACACAUUGAAUAAUCUGUUUACUGCUUCCAACUUCUCAUUGGCAUUCCCAUAUAUUGCUGCGCCAGAGGAAGAAAGGAUGGAGAGUUUGUUGCUUUCAGGGCUUAAAGAAGCUUGCCCUCACAAUGUAGGAGUCAGCAAUAUUGUGUUCUCUGACUCUUGCCUUGUUGAAGAUGGGACAAUUCAGAAACUCUCAGACUUGCAGUCUUUCAAAGAUCAUUUGCUUGCUAGAAGAGAAACAAGGAAAGAAGGAGAGACUGACUUGGUUGUGCUCUGUUCUGAGGGUUCUGAAUCAAUUAGUGAAUCUGGCCAGUCACAUUCCGAGCGUGAAAGCAUCUCCGAACUUGUUAGUUCUGUAGAACAAUCUGGCAGUAAAUACACAGCUCUUUAUGUUUCGGAUCCUUACUGGUACACAUCUUACAAAACUCUCCAAAGGUUUCUAGCUGAAAGUGCUACAGGUAACAGCACCGCUGGAGUUUCCACAACCUGUGAUGAACUUUGCAAAUUCAAGUCAUCACUUUUGGAGGGCAUACUAGUGGGAAUCGUUUUUCUUCUCAUCCUCAUCAGUGGACUUUGUUGUAUGGCGGGUAUUGACACACCAACUAGAUUCGAGACUCCUCAAGAUUCUUGAGCAGUUGACCACCUUAAAGAGUCAUCCCCACUCUUUUGCUUUGCUUUUGCUUGUGACGGGUCUUUUCUUCUGCAUAGUGCGUAUGGUGAAAAAGGUAUCUCAAUGUCGAUUGUUACAUCUAAAAACAAAAAUGGAUAUGCGAUUAAAAUCCCCUUGUAACAUUUAUUCAUCUUGUUUGUGAGUCGUUAUAAAUUAAUAAUGGAGAACGACUAAAAGAACCAGAGAUACACUGGAAGAACACAUUCUUUUAUAAAGUUUGUUAUAUUUCUUUUGUCCUUAA